GCUUUGGCUCGAAUACAAAAAUGUAAGUAAUUUUGUUUUCUGCCGUUAAUUGUCUGGUUGCCAAACUUGAUACCAGGGGUCACGUGAUAGCAAAACUAUAAAUUAGUCGAAAGUUGUUUGUUGAAAACAGAAGAUAACAACGUCAACCCGUGUGCAAACUGUUUCUAAUAAGAAGGAGGAUUAACUGCUUUCAGGUGAGAUGAUUUUAAUGAUGAUUGCUGAUGAGUGAUGUUCACUUUUUCAGGUCCUGCAAAUGAUGAGAAUUACUGUUAACUGCGUUUAUCCGACCGCACUGGACAAAUAUGGGUUACGCUUACUAGAUCUCGUAUACUUAACACGAAUACAGGCUUUUAUUUAGUUAUGUUUUGUGAGUGAUAGUGAAAAACAUCACUAUACCUGGAUUAUUUGGAAGUUAUCGGGUAUUUUGUCCAUGACCAUGGACUGGUAACAGCUUCACAUCACACAUGGUUUAAUUUCGUACUUGAUUCAGUAUCUCAAUUGCUUUCAGGUCAAAUAAAGCGUGCAUUGAAACACGAUUUCCAGCGCAGCACUGCUUAAAUUCAAGCAAUCCGAAGCAAGAUGGUGGCCGUGCACGAAAAUAGGCUGCACCGUCCACAUAAAUACACUAAUUACUUGCACAAAUAUCGUUGGAUCAGACUGAAAACUGAUUAUACUCACAUGUAAAACUAUAAUCAUGUUUGGCACAAUAUAGCGUUCAUCUCUUCGGUAAUUUUGAUGGAGAUGGAAUUUUAAUUGUAAUUUCACCGCAUGUGAGUUAAUGAUUAGUAAAUUUUUGCACAAAAAUUACUAAUCCGUUACCUUCAAAAAAAUAUGAAUUAAAAAUUUAGUUACUCUCACUCAACAAAUGGCUGCAUUUCUUAACAGGGUUCAACACUUUUAAAAAGCGUUUUGCCAUAUGGCUCGUUCAGUGAUUGUUAUGAUGUUCGUGUUGGUUAUUUUGCCUGGAACGUUUGCCGAUUCAUGCAGGGACUGUUCUAACUGCUGUAAUAACAACUGCGUCUCCAGCGAUAUGAAAGUUGAAGAACUGAGAAAAGGAAUGGUUUCCGUAUCUGAACUGUCUGCAGGUGACAUCAUUCGUGGUUUUAGGGGACUCGAAAAAACUCCUGACUGGUGCAGAGUCGACGCAGUUUUCUCCAGGGAAGGCAUCCAAAACUUCACCACCUACAAUGGUUUUACAAAGGAACAUAUGGUUAUUGAUGGUGACACAGUACGAGCGCACGGACAGGAAGGAGAAGCAGUUAGUACACAACUGUACACACUGGCCACUGAAUGUGAUGCUGCUGUCAACGCCGCUGGUCAAGCAUUUACACCACUCAGCACGACAUUUUGUCCUCAUGAACUGACCUGGAGUGAAUAUCUCGUCCUCAUGGCAGCAAUACGUCGCGUGACAAGUCGUACAGGAUAUUUCUGGUAUCUUAGUGAUGCUUUCCAUGAUAACAAUGCAGGCAAAGUUCCUAAAUGGGCUGACAUGCUUCCUGGCAUGUGUACUGAAAUGUUGAGAUGUGCUCGUGUAAAAGAAUGUCAAAAGUUUGAGAAGGUAGUCGAGGAGUUUGUCCAUGAACAUUUGAAUAAAAAAUAUGUGUUGAUCGUUGAACGUAUCUUUCCAAAUCUUGGUGGCGAUGCAAACAAAGAUGGUACUGUCAGUCAAGUAGUUCGUCAAGAUGAUAAAACCAACAUCAUUCUUAUAUCUUCGCUCAGUGUCAUUGCCUGCAUGCUUAUUGUCAUCGCUGUGUUGACAUACUGCCUUCUGCGAGUUGUCAAGAAAAGAUCAAUGAAGCAAUCCCAGGAGAAACCUCCCCUCGACGAUGUGUCACCAGGAAGUUUCAAUUAUCAAAAAACUUGACUUUCAAAAACCUUUUCGUAAUCAUGUUGUAGCAAGGAGUAACUUUAUAACUUUAAUGUAGUUUCAUUUAUCUAUAACGAGGGAACUUUACAGUAAUUGCACUUUCCACCUUUUAAAAUACACUAAACAUUUGCACAAAUAUCGUCAUUUAAUUGUAAUUUCACCGUUAAGUCAAUGAUUAUUAAAUUUUUGCAUAAAAAUUGCUAAUAGGUUACCUUCACUGCCUACAGUGUGGCAGACAGUUCAAGAUCAUAUGAUUAUACAGCUAUUUCAAUUAAGGUUGUCAUAGUCAAUUGAACAUUCCAAGCGCGAACAACAAGAUUCGGGGUAUACCAAAUUUUAAUAUUUUUAGCUGUUUAGGUAACCUACCAUGGCUUUUUGUUUUGGCAAUUCCCAGUAGUAUACAGGAUUUAUAUAAUUCAAAUAGCUGUAUAUACCAAUUACAUUAACACUUGCAACCGCUAACAUUAGUUUUAAAGUGCCUAUUGUAAAGAACACUUAAAAUGACUUAAUAAUUUCUUUUAUAGAAUUUUGGUAACUUGCUUCCUUUGCAAGAUAUUCAACUUUAUUUCACAUGCAAAUAUCACCGGUGUGACAUCGCAUAAUGACAAUUUGAAAACGCAAUAUUUUACCUUGAUAAAAUACUUUUACAAACAAAUACAGAGGGUUAAUUACCAGUUAUGAAAUUAAUACAUAUACAAGGGCAAUUUUUAAGUUUUUUAGAUACGUAUUCGUCAAGAAAACUACACUUCUGAAAACUCAUUAUGUGAUGUGAUGUGAUGUCACACCGGUGAUAUUUGCAUUUAUAAUAUAGCAUUUGUAAAUUCUGAACGCUGAUUGGCUAAGAGCCGUGUUGAUAUAACUCAAUGUCAACACGGGAAAUUUUCCGCCGCUUCUAAACACGCAAAUUUUUCUUAUCCUUCGGGCUUUUGACAUCGCUAUAUUAUAAAAAAAAUAUAAAACAUUUGUCCGUCUUGAUAUAUAGUUAUAUCAACACUCGUGGAAGUUGGAAAAACUCGAAAUUGUAUGAAAACACUCCGCCCUUCGGGCGUCGUGUUUCCAUACAAUUUCUCGUUUUCCCAAUUCCACUCGUGUUGAUAUAACUGUAUAUCAACACGGAAAAUGUUUUAUAUUUGUUAAAUGAAACAAAGUUGAAUAUCUUGAAAAGGGAGCAAGUUGCCAAAAUUCUAUAAAAGAAAUUAUUAAGUCAUUUUAAGUGAUCUUUACAAUGCGACCAUAAAUCUUUGGGGUGAAAUUUCGUGUCAUAAGCACUUUAAAAGCGAUCAAUUCUUCCAUAAUUACAGGGCUUGACUGCUUAUUACAGAAGAUAUUUUCAUAACAUUUCAAGCUUUUACACUGAAUAACUGGUGGACUGCGGAUAAUUUACUUUACUAUUUUUGCACAAGUGAACAUAACAAAUCCUACAAGGUGAUUGGUCAAAUUUGACGUAUUAAUUUGUCAUAUUCACCUACAGGUGAAUAUAACAAAAUCGAAAUUUUCAAAAUGGCGGCUAGCCGUUUUGUUGAAGUUAGUGAUAAAGAAAUAAGCUAAAUUAAAAUGAAUUCAGACCAGAAAAACACAAAAAAACUUGUGUAAAAAUACUAAAACAAUUAUUCGCCUCAACCUCGGUGAUUAUCGGGGAAUAUUCACCUCGACUUCGUCUCGGCGAAUAUUCCCCGAUAAUCCCCUUGCCUUUGGCGAAUAAUUUACCUUUAAUCUUUAUAUGUGUACAAUUUCUAUAAAGCACGUCCUAAAACAAUUGCAGCUAUGUACAUGAAAUUAUAAACAUAAAACAAAAAUGUAAAUGGAGCGACAUGAACAUUCGAAAGUUCUUCCAGAAGCAUUUCAUUGUUUCUUUUUCUUUCGGCCACGCCCAUCAGGUGUGCCGUCAGCCUUUCGCUUUUGUUGAGGAGUCUGUAUUAAACAUGACAGAAGAUUUUAGCCAGGUAAAGAACAAAGUCAAAUUGUUGGGGAUUAGAGGCUCAUAUUUAUACACUCAACGAGUGACCGAGUGAAAUGGCUCUGGGGGACGAGAAUGAUUUAUACAUUGUCAUUUUUAAUCUGCAACGCCUUGGGGCCUGGACACGAGUAAGCCUCGUAUUUACAAAAAGGCG